ACCGAUGUCAAAACUCACCAAUUACGAAUCUCUAAUCUAAAUCGCCAGUUGUCAAUAGUGAAUGUGAAUCUAUCAGAUUUAAUAAGUCCCAAGACUUUAUUUAAUUUUUGCCAAUAUAAUCUGAAGUGUUUGGCCAAAAAUGAAUGGCAGUUCUAUAAAGCCGCAUUAGUCCACUGCACAAUCAUCAUACAGGUUUUCGAAAUCUGAUGAGUCUAUUCGCAUUCAACCCCAAAUUGUCGACAUGAAGAAACUAUUUUCAAAAAUUGAAAAAAAUAUUGACACCACAUCAAAAGAAACAAAUACCGCUAUAGGAAAAGUGUUUAAAGUAGGAAUACACACAGUUCAAGUCGAAGAUGUAUUAGCUGAAGGUGGGUUUGCAAUUGUCUACCUCGUAAGAACCCACAUUGGGGGAGUCUCAAACAGAGCAGCUCUUAAACGCAUGUAUGUUAACAAUGAGCAGGAUCUUAACGUUGCUAAGCGUGAGCUUCAAAUAAUUAGUAGUCUAAGCGGUCAUAAAAAUAUUGUUGGCUACAUCGACUCCUGUUUAGUUUCCCUUGGUGGAGGAGUAUCUGAGGUUUUGCUCCUCAUGACUUACUAUCGUCAAAACUUAUUGGAUAUUAUGAAAGAGCGCGGUAAACCAGAUUUUAGCGAGAGUGAAGUCUUAUCUAUUUUCUGUGAUAUGUGUGAAGCUGUAGCGAGACUACAUCAUUGCAAAACACCAAUAAUGCAUAGAGAUUUAAAGGUCGAAAAUGUCUUGAUAGAUGGUGAUACUUGUUUACUGUGUGAUUUUGGAUCGGCCACUUCUAGAGUAUUAAAUCCAGCCGAAAAAGGCGUACCAGUGGUGGAAGAAGAAAUAAAAAAAUAUACUACUUUAAGUUAUAGAGCACCCGAAAUGGUAGAUAUGUAUUGCGGAAAACCAAUCACUACAAAGGCUGAUAUAUGGGCGUUAGGAUGUAUGUUGUAUAGAAUUUGCUUUUAUACGUUGCCAUUUGGCGAGAGUACAUUGGCGAUACAGAGUGGUAAUUUUUGCAUUCCAGAUAAUUCACAAUUUUCAAAGGGCCUACAUCAACUAAUUAGAUAUAUGUUAGAACCAGAUCCCGAUAAUAGACCUGAUAUUUAUCAAGUAAGCUGUGUGGCUUUCGAAUUACUGGGGAAACCCAACCCGGUGAAAAAUUUCAAAAAAGAAGUGAAACCUAACAUUGAAGAACUACCAGUGCCUCUGUUUGAUUCGGAGCAAAAACGGGCUAGUCAACUAAAAGUUCAGAGCACUAAAGCACUUACGGCAACGCCCACGGUCGAAGGCACCAGUGUUAUGCCGAGACAGCGACCAAAAGGAAAUACCACAACACCACUGAAACUUAACAGCAUUCCUUUAAGCAUCAGUUCUAGCCCAAGCGCGUCUAAAAAAGCUCAAAGUUCCCAAAGUCCCACUUCCCAGGUUAACGUUCCUGCCUUUCAACCACAGUCCGCAGGUAAUCCUAGUGCGUUUUCCAAUCCGCCCGUUUUCCCGGAUUUCAGACCCGAUAGUUAUUUUCCACCUGCGCAAGGCGAGGAACUACCUCCUCAGCAACUCGAUUCCUUGUUUCAGUCUUCCAUUUACCCUGAUCCUUUCCGAGACGACCAUCAUUCUAAUGAGCAACUAUCAAUUACUACUGACAAUAAUGGAAGUAAAACUGAAAGCUUUGUAGUGCAAACUGCUGUUAAUGUCGUUUCACCAGUUGCUGCCGAUAUUUCACUUUUUGGAUCAGGAAGUUUGGGUCGUGGGAUGAGCCCUUUGAAAAGUGGUUUAACAGAGUCUACUAGUAUGAUAGAAAGCAGUACACCUCCUGCAUCUCCCUCAUUAAGUGUUCCGAAGGGACACCGGCGCAACAUGAGUGAUACCACGGCAUUUAAUAAGGCAUUUGCCACUGAAACUACACAAUUCCUGGCACCAUUUGAGUCGUCAAUGAAAUCUAAAGCCCGCGACUCACCAACUCAAUCUUGUGGUGAGGAUGCUGUGAUUGCACCUAUGGGAAGUUCCGCGUCGACCACUGAUGUUAGUCAUGUUAUUGGAGCUGAUAGUCGGUCAUUGUCUGCUGAUGUUGCAAGUUGGAAUCCUUUCGAAGAAAGCACGCCCUUUAGUCAAAUGACUGAAGAUCACAUUUUUGGAGCUGAAUUUGAUAAAAUUCGGCAAGGAACGGGAAGUCAAAACAGUAUUCAUGAUGCAAAGUCUAAUGAAAGUCUUGUUAUGCAAGAGGACCCUUUUGGAGCAGCACCAUUUAGUUUCCCAUUAAAGUCACGAGAAAAGACUCACAAGAGACUACAUUCAACAGUUUCCUCAUCAUGUCGAUUAGAUAUACCGGAACCUGUUAUAGAAGAAAAAUUAGAAAUCCUUGCCACCUUCGAUUACUCAUCCGAAUCUCGUUCAAUUUCACACGUUUUUUCAGAAGGAGACGUCCCAUUGAUUGGGACAACCGAAACGGAAAGUGACAACGAGAUUUCGCCGUCGUGCAAAAAAGUGCAACUACCUUUAGAAUUGCCGUUAGAAGACCACAGGAAUAAAUACGAAAAACUUAUACACGGACUGGAUUUCAGUUCCGAUAGCAGUGAACGAGAGGAGAAAAUUAAACAGGACAAAGUAAAAAAAAAGAAGAAAACCACUAUACCGGAAAAGCUACAACAUGUAUACAAAACUAUGGAAAUACCGAUUAAAAACUUCCGCUCAGAGGACAGGCAGCAUAAAUGUAAGAAAAAACGAGCAGACAAAAAUUCGUCCAAUGCUGAAGUGGAUUCUGAUGAUUCAAUUGGAUCAGCUAGUGAUCUCAAAGCCGAUGACGAUCAGAUCGAAAUUGGCGAAGAAGCCAAAGAGGACAUUAAAAGUGAGAAUGUCAGCGAGGAUAUACAAACAUGCGGUUCUUCCGCGUAUCAUGCAGAGUGUGAAAGCAUGGCGACACACGACGAUGGUAUUAGUCGGGUGGUUAGAUCGAAAAAGAAAGCGGAAAUUAAACUAGUCGAUCAGCAGGAAAAUGAAGAUAUGAAUUUCAUAGGACAUCAGUACGGUGAAAAACCGCUUCUCGCAGACGACGAACUUGAUUCUGAUUAUGAGGUCCUAGAAAAUAUCAAGUGGGAUAUUGAAAAGAAUACGACUAAAAAAGAAUGCCUGUGGAUGGCUCCCUCAAGUAGCUUCGAAGAGGCUUCGGAUGUAUUCAGUUUAGCUCCGUUUGGCACACCAAAAUUUACAAAAAUCAGUUUAGAUCAGGCUGUGCCAUUAGCAGAAGUUAAUCUCCGUUCUAGUGUAAGUGCUGAUCCAAACAAAACUCAUGAUUUUUCAAUAGUAUCGGAAGCACCAAGAUCUCUAAAUCCUUUUUUGUCCUGUGAAUAUUCCACAUCUAGUUUGCCACGUAGCUAUAAUUACGAUAACUCCCCAAAGUUCACACAUACAGAUGUACUCUCUCAUUCCAAAUCGGCUUGUUCGCAAAGGAUUGAUUUUGGAUCCAGCUUUAGUAAUAAGGUGGGCAGUAAUUCGGAUAGUUUGCUGGGUGAAUUUUCCGAAAAAUUGAAUACUGUUGAAACCACUCAAGAUUCAGAAUUUUUAGUAGAUCUCUCCAACAGCAGUAGCGACAAUUUUCCUAUUCUACGCACAACACCUGCUUCAGUAUUUGCCUCGUUACCCGAUGCAAAUGAGAAAAGAGAAUCACCGAAAGUAACACUUUGGAAAGACAAGAAAAAAGAAAAAGACAUGAAAUCAAAAUAUCAAUUAUUUAAUGACAUUGACUCCGCGGAUUGUAGCUUUAGAACCCCAAAGAAUCUCAAACAGGCUAAAGCAACGAGCAAUUCCGGUAAAAAAUCCAGCAAAUCAAAGAAAAGUUCUGGCAAGGUCUUAAUGGAAGAAGGCUUUAGCAACAUGAGCUUUGAAGACUUUCCGUCUGAUGAUACAGAAGUGAUUUCAAAUUCUGAAUUGCCGUUUGAAGUAUUACGGAGUCCGGAGGAAGAUAUUCGCAGAUCAAAUGGAAAGCGAGUUGCAAAUCCAUUUUCUUGAAGCAAAACGUUUGAAACCGAUCACUCUAUAAAAAUGUUUGAAGGCGAAAUAAACCACAGAAACUUUUAAUUGAUGAUAUUAUAAUUGGAGUUUUAAUAGAAAGAUUGAUAUUGUUGCUGUCCCGAUUAGUGGUUACAGAUUUUUUCAAUAAGAAUCUCAAUGUUUUCUAUGUACACAAUAAUACAUACACUCUGUAUAGUUACACGAUAGUUAAUUUCGUAAAUUCUAACUAAUUCCGCUGAAAGAGUGUAACAAAUAAAAAUAUAAACAUCACAAUAGACUCUUUCGUUAAGAUGAUAUAACAUAAAGUACAGUAAGUCUACUUAAGCUGUAGCCAUAUAGAAGAAAAUAAAUACUAUUUUCAAAUUAUUCUGCAUGGUCUAAAACCUAAAAAACAACAAACAGAAACUAAUGUUGAUUGAUGUUGCUCAAAACAACGAAUGUGGCUCAAGAGUAAAGUAGCUUUUUGUAACAAUAUCGCAAAAAGUUGAUCUGAAUUGAAAAAAGAAAGUUAAAUUGUAAUUUCUACGAAAAUUAUCUCAUCAAUAAUGAACAUCUUAUAAUAACUCAAUCUUUCGUUUACUAAAAUCGCUUUGAACUUUCAGUUUUUUAAUGAACAAUUUUGUCUUGAAAUUUUAAAUUAAAUCCUAGUUUUCCGAAACCUGCUAAUUUCCUGCAGAUCGAUGUAAUUACAUAUUUGAAUGUAUUUUUCAAUUACGAUUAACUUUGUUUUACAAGUUUGGAUUUUGCCAAAAAAAAGCUGCUUUUUUCUUGAGCCAACUUUUAAAAAACAUCGUUUACAGCUGAAAGAUCAAACUGAUGCUGCAAUUUAGUAGACAUACCUACUGUAUAUUAAUCACUUAUUUCGCUUUUCAUAUAUUUUCCUACAAAAAAGCUAGUGCUUUUUAAAAGUGAGAUAGAUAAUGUUAGUGAUAAUAAAUCACGGCUGUAAUGAAAUAUAGAAGUAGCAUAGUAUUUUGAUACAAUUGUUAAGUAUCCAAUAUUUUUCAGAAUAGCUUAGGUAUACAUAUAUCCACAACGAUUUCAAAUUGAACUUCAGUGACACGAUAAUUAUUGUUUACAUGACCAAUAGCUCAGCUUUUAAAUAAUAUUUAUUCGACUGAAUGAUUUAGGCUUGCUAAAUUUGCAUUCCACUUAAUAAUUAACUGUAUUUGAUAGAAUAGUUUAAUUCGGACCGUUAAAGUAUAUAAUUUGACCUCAUAAAUGUGGUUAAUCAAUUUGUGAGCUCAAUUCUAAAAGACUAAACUUGAAAACCUUAAGUACCUGUUUACUAAUUAAUUGAAGGAUAUUGUCAUUACAUCAUUCAAAUAAAUCAAUAAAAUGUACUACAUUAUUAUAGGUAUUGUAGUGCCUUUGGCAGGAUAAAUUUUGGUCUGAUUGCUAAAACAAUAAUUAUUUACGAAAAUUUACAUGAUAUAGAUGUUUUUGCAAGAAAUGUAUAAUUUUGUACUACAUGCUAGCUACUCAUAACGUGAACAUAUAAAUUAUAUACAAACCAAAGCUUUAGGAUUUAGAACUUAUCUGGAAAAAUACGUAAUACCUGUCCUUGAAAAGAUUGUUAAUUAUGCUCUUUCCCUACUAUUAAUUAUUUAUUUUAUAUUUAUUCGAUUACUAAACAACACUACGUACCGAUUUAAAAAUAUUUCUUUCUCAAAAUCAAACGUUUUUUGUGAAUUCUCAUGAUCACGGCGUACUUAAUGGUAUUUUAGAAGUAUGAUAUUAAGAGGUUUUUUCAACGCUUAGGAAUGAUUAUUCGUUAAAUCGGCAUACGUGAUGUAGGAAGGAUUAAAACGCAUUUUGCAGAAAAUACACGACCUAUUUAUUGAAAAUUUGUACUUUAUAUAAUACGAUUUUGUUCAUGUUGCAUUCCGUUUUCAUUAUACAUACAUCUAAGUAUAAUUUAUUGCACAUUUUUAUUUAUGUAUUAAUACGAAUAAAUAUGUUUUGUUUGUUUA